UUGAGAAUAACGACGGAGUGCCGUUAUAAAUAAAAGAGAUAAAAGGUGUAAGCGCGUAUUUUUUUAUUUUGUUUUUUUCUUUUCGUUUUUUUUUUUGUCAUUUGUUUUUAACGAUGAUCAUAGUAUUUAUUUUCAGGUUCUUAAAUAUCUCGAUGAUUCUAAACUUGUAAACACGAACUGUUUUCAAUCGAGACAAUAUUAAAUGGUAUCAUAAUUAGAUAACUUGUAGCUAAAAGACAUUUACUAUACAGGUUAAUUAUGAUAAUAAAUGUAGUAGACAAAUAACGAAGUUAUUUAUCAAUACACAGACUAUAGCAGGUAGGCAAAAGUACAGUCGUUACAAAUAGUAAGGACAUUCUCACUGAACCAUCAAAUAAGUUUGGCAAAUUAGAACUCGUCGAAUAUCAUAUUAUAAAAAAUCAGUAUUCUUUUAUCAACAAACAACUUUGCGGAUAAGAAUGGAUAAUUAAAAUUGAGAAACGUCUUUGGUUUCGCUCUGAUGAUGCCUUUAUUCACAUUUUUAAACUUUUUUGUCUGUUUCAAACGUUUAAAGCUUGUAUUCCAGUUCUGACCAAGAGGCACAGUCUAUCAAGAAGAACCCGUCACCCAGAAGAUGGUUUGUGUUGACAUCAGGAUAUUUUGUCAUGUUUCUCAGCACUGGGUUCCCCUUCAAUAUAUUCAUCCUCAACCCCGAGUUCCUUCGUACUUUUGAGAGCAAUAAAGCAGAAACGGCUCUUAUACAAUCGAUCACAACCGGGAUGCUUCAUAUAGCAGGAACUUUCUGUUGGAAGGCUGUGGCUAGAUACGGACCUCGAAUGACUGGGAUAGCUGGUAGUCUUUUGGUGACACUUGGUCUGGUCUUCUCUUUCUUUGCCGAAAGUAUCCCUCAUCUCAUCAUGACGCUCGGCCUAGUUUCAGGAAUUGGUUUCUCUGCGACUGUUAUCUCCGCAGUAACAAGCGUCGGAGAAUACUUUGAGGGGAAAUCUAAACUUUUGGCGCUAUCGUUUCUCACCUUUGGAUCAGGAUGCGGAAGCACGUUAUGUGGAGUCAUACCAGGCUUGUGUAAAAAGUACAUUCCUCACACCAGCGUUCUUAUUAUCCCUGCAUGUUUCACAAUAAUCGGAUCGGUGGCGACUGCGUUGCUUCCUCAUGCAGAGACAUAUGUACAGUAUGUUGUCCUCCUGGUCUGUUUGGGGAUGACGUUAGGUGUUAGCGUCACCACGGUCUCCGUGACAACAGUGAAGAUCGUGAGACUCCAGGACUACUCGGCAGGGUUGGGAGUAUUAAUGACGAUGUUAGGCAUCAGUGGAAGCAUUUCAGGACCAAGUGCAGGAUUUUUUGUUGAUCUGACGGGAUCCUACACGAAGCCAUUUUACGGUAUGUCCGCUGGUCUCGGCUUGGCGGCCGGCCUGUUCGUGUUAGCUGCGGUACUAAAACGGAAGUCAAAUAACAACCAUUCUGACCACGUCUCGGAUAUCACUGUGGUCGUGGGAGCCGACAAUCCUGCGUUUUCCAUAUAA